GGUUCGAGUCGAGUCGAGACUCGAGGGAGUAAGCUAAGCUCUCUCUUCCAGAUAGUGCCUGCCUGCCACAUUCAGCUCAGUCCAGAAUCUAGAUGGGAGAACCAAGGCUCAGGUUCACAGGCAGGCUGUUCUCUCUACCCACUGCUUUGUAGACCACACUUGGCGAGGUGGGCGACGACUCGAGGCAAAGAAGAACUGGUCGAAGCAGAGCAGCUUUCUCGGUAGCACUGCCGCACGCUGACGGCCAGCGUUUCUGCCAGGAAUCCCGCCAAGGCCGCGCAUUUUCCGCCAUGAUGCGCCUUCUCCCGCCGUUGACGCACCGACUCCGCGCCAAGCGAUCCAUUCCCUCCCCUGCCGCCGCAGCCCUCCCGCCCGCUCACCCUCCGCGCGCCCACUCUCCGUCCGCUCCGCCCAUUCACCCUCCGCGCGCUUCCCCCGUCGUGGCCGCCGCGGGCCUUCCGCCCUUCCGCCUGGCUCUCGCACAGCAUGGCUGAGAGGCACGUGGACUGUCGCCGUCGCAAUCGCCGUCGUCAUCGUCGCAAUGGCGUCGCCUGCGACUGCUGGGCGAGCCAACGUGCUAGAUAACUUCCUCCCGCCGUGCCCCACCCUCGAAGAACCUACCAGCUUUAAGAAGUGGAGCGACCCAGCAACCUGGGGGAAUGGCCCCAUCCCCGGGCAGGGCGCCGCAGCAGGCGCCAACGUAACCAUCGCGUGCGGGGAGGCUGUGCUGCUGGACACGUCCCCUGUCGCCCUCACUCUGCUCAACAUCCGGGGCUUCCUCCGCGUGCUCGACUCGCCUGCUCUCCCCAAGAUCGAUCUAAGCGCAGCCUUCAUUGUGGUGCAGGGGAAUCUCUCCAUCGGCAGGCCGCAGCAGCACUUUCAGCAGAGGAUCAAGAUUACUCUCACGCCCAACCCCAACAACCGUGCCGACUAUCUCUUCACCGAGAAUCUCCCGGCUGAGCCCGCUUUUCCUCGCAACUUGGGACAUAAGGCGUUUGCAGUGGUGGGCGGCCAGGUGGAUCUGCACGGCAUGCCAGGUGGCAGUAGCACGCCAGCGUGGACGAAGCUCACGGCAACAGCUCAGCCGAACGACCUGGUGAUUACAGUGCAGGAUGACGUCACCGCAUGGCCCCUGGACGCCUUCGUUGUUGUCACAUCCACCGACUACUUCCCCGACCAGGCGGAGGUGGUGGGGAUCAUUGAUGUGGUGGCUCUCCCCUCGGGCGGCUCCAAGAUCUUCCUCGAGAAGCCGCUCCGCCUGAACCACUUCGGCGACCCCAAGGGCGUGCCGACGGGUUCGGGGGGUUCAUCGACGAGCGGGCAGAAGUGGCCCUGCUCACCCGCACCAUCGCCAUCACAGGCACGGACGAGCCGGCACCGUACCACCGCGAGGGCGGGCACUUCAUGGUUUUUUAUGAGCCGCACCCCGCAGUUCAUCGAGGGGGUGGAGUUUGCACAGAUGGGGCAGCAGGGCAAGCUGGGGAGAUAUAACAUUCACUUUCAUGUGUGCGGGGACGACCAGGGGCGCAGCGUGGUGCGCAAGAACGUGAUGCACGACAGCAAGCAGCGCUGUGUGGUGGUGCACACGACCUUCAAUCUAACCGUGCAGGAGAACGUGCGUACCACACGAGGGGGCACUGCUUCAUGGUGGAGGAGGGUGGGGAGACUGACAACACCUUCCUGCGCAACCUGGGCAUCUGGACCAGGGCAGACGGAGGAGACGGACGACCGCCCGUCCACCUUUUGGAUCACCAACCCCAACAACAACCUCAUCGGCAACGUCGCUGCGGGCUCCGAGGACUCGGGCUACUGGAUGGAGCUGAGGGAUAGGGUGCGCGGGUUCACUCUCAGCUACCCUGGGUUGAAUGCCACUGUACCGGCCAACGGCCCGUUUGGCAUCUACGCGACAACGUGGCCCACAGCAACAGGGGACCGGGGUGGCGCACGUACCCCAAGGGGGUCCGGCCCAGGCAGACGUGGUCUCUGGACUCGCCACUUUCUCAGUGGCAGUGGAAGCCUUCCACGGGGACCAUCAGUGGGCUGCUGCUCUACAAGCAAGCUGGAGACGGGUGAGUUCUUCAUGCACAACUCUGACGGCAUCAUCAUCACCAACAGCACCUUCGCUGACAACCGCCAGGGGCUCAACCUGCUGGGGAACACGGGCGUGCGCGUGACUGACAGCCGCUUUGUGGGGCUGUCGCCCAACUAUGGCAACCCGCGCAACUGUGACUCCACUCCGCAGAUGUGUGGCCCUGUGACGGGAUGCGAGUUCCCUCUAGCCCCAGGGCAGCAGGGCCGGUCGCAGGGGUGGAGCCACUGGAAGAACCCUCUCUUUGGCAUCAUCAUCGACCAACCCACCUUUGGAUUCGACUUCUCCCGCGCUCAUGCCAUCUCCAACUGCCGCUUCCACGCCUUUGACAGCACGUGCCGCCCAGCUGCUGCCAUUGGCACGGGCAUCAAUGGAGCUCCCAAGGACACAUGGGCCACCGCCACCAGCAUAGCGGCGGUGCAAGGCACGGACUCUACCAACCUGCUCUUCUUCCCUCCCCGCAACUUCACCUUCCCAGGCGGCGAUGUGAACGGGGGCAGCGAGGCCACAGACCUGUACACUCUGUGGGACCGGGACGGCUCGUUCCUCAACGCCUCGUUGGGCGGCUACCUAGUGGCCAACAACUCCGCCCUGCUGCCCCCUACCAAGCGCUUCCCUGCGUGCCGCCCCGUGCCGGCUUGGAACGCGUACGCGUGUCCCGGCACGUGCUACCGCACUGUGAUGUUCACUUACUUGGAACCGGGAUUUUCGGUGUAUGAGAACAGCAGCGUGCCCGACACACGCAAACGAGGGGACUUCAGGUGAGGGAAGUGAGGAAUGAGGAAUGGGGAA